GAGAUGCACCGACAGGCGCAGACAAGUUUUGUCACGAUUUCCUCUCCUAUUUUUCGGAUUUUUCUCCUUUCGCUCAACGAAUCUUCUCCCUCCAACGGCGUCGCCAACCACGCGCAGGGUGUUUUUGUGCGUCGCCUGAGCUGAAGCGAGGGACAAUCGUCUCGUCUCCAUUAGUGCAAAAACGCGGGAAGCCAAGCGUCGUCGUCCUCCAUGACUUCACCUGUGAAAAUAGAGCGUAAUUUGCGAGCUCCUGCCGCCCCAACACUUGCAAAAUUUACUGCAGAGCACAUUGACCACAUCAAGAUUGUGGAAGACGUGCUGAAAAUGGACCAAGAGAAAACCGAAAAGGAGAGGCGCUUCCUGCGUUCACUCAGCCCUGCCCAAAGGAAAAUGAGAACCAUCGAGGGAGCUGCGUUUGCUGACCACCCCGAGCACUGCUCCUUCCUGGUUGGCAGCGAGAAAGAGAAAACUGUCAUUCACGCCAGCAAACUUGACUUGCGUGCAGGCAGUGAUUACUUCCAAGUCAUGCUUCGAAGUGAGUUUGCUCCACGAGAUGGAGAGCACUACAGAAUCACCAACAUCAAGCCAUCCAUCUUCAAGCUCAUCAUGGAGUACAUCCAUGUGUGCCAAAUUCUGACACCCGUGGACUUGAAGAAGGCUGCUCUGUUGUCUUGUGCAGCUGAUGAGUUCCUAAUUGAGGGUUUAGGAAGACUGGCCCAAAACUUGGUGUACGAACACUUGACAGCCAAGAAAGUGUGGACCUACUUUCGACUUUGGCACAAACACAGAUUUGUCAUGGCAGCAUGCAAACAGUUCUUGGAAGACAAUACUACUGCGUGCUUGGAAGAUGAUUCAUUUCUCAGCAUGAACCAAUCUGCAGAUCGCCUGGUGGAGUUCCUGGCUUUGGAUAAAAUGAACAUCCAGUCCGAGGCGCAUCUCGUAGCUGCCUUUGCAAAACUUGCUUCCAAAAGGGGUGAUUUGAAACUCUUGAAGAAAGUCCUUCCUCAUCUCCGGCUGCUGCUUUUGAAGCCGGAAGAUCUUGCCAAAAUCGCCGAUUGGCUGACAGAAGAGGAAGCUGUUUUCUUAGCUUCUCAACACAACCCUUUGCUGAUGACAAAAAGCUACCCACAACCAGAUUCCAUCAACAUGUCCCGAGAAGAGAGGGAAGGGAGCGCUGCUGCCACUGCUGCUGUCCUUGUGCUGGAUCCUCCUACUUUCGAUCCAAUCUUCCCGCUACGAGUUUGCAAGAUUGAGAAAAUUUAGCUUUUUGCUUCUGAGCAAUGCAAAAGUAUAUAACAUACUUUAACUCAUUGAUUUGAUAUAGGCUCAAAAAAUGGCCAAGGAAAAUGAAAGUUCUUCACAUAAUAGUGUGCCAUUGUAGCACUUGGAAAUUUGAAUUAUCACUUACAUGUUUAUUUGUAAGGAUUUAUCUUUUUGUGCAGCUUAUGCGAUUAUUAUAUUAUUUUCACAAAAUGACAUCGCAUGACUGUUAGUUAAGCAGCAACUCCACAAUCAAAUUGCA